UGGACAUGAGACAUGAGAGUAGACAUGAGCUGUUCCACACCAUUCCCCCCAAAGAAAGGAUGACUACUGAUGACUAGUCCAGGUCACUCAAGGUGCAAGGGGCUCGAGACACAGCUUUCCGGCGCCCCUCUCUUCGGCCUCAGCUGUGACGACCCGGCCGGGCUGGGGGCGUUGGACUCCGGCACUCCGGGCGCAUGAAGUUCGAAGCCAACUCCGGCGAUGGAGGUAAAUGGUGCAAAGUCACCUUUGAGUUGAAGGAUGAUGGGACAUGGACCAGUGAGGAGCGCUCUGGCUUCGACGUUGGCCACGCUCGCGGCAGCUCCGUGGCCGAGGGGGCUGGGACUUGGGUCAAGGAGGCGGGGCAGAUCGUUUUCACCGUCACCAGCUUCAAGGGCAGCAACUCAGAUGCCCGCGCACGGAAGGCCGACCGGGUUGGUGAGACCAUCACACGAAGUGCAGAGGAAGUCUUGGAAACGAAGCAGUUUACCUCCUUAUUCUUCAAGGAGCUGCUGUAUGAACCAGACAAGGUCCCCGCCCUGCCACCUGCAGCGGACCCUGAGAUGGAUGCGAUCCUGGCAUCGCUGGAAGCAGCAAAGCUGAAGUGAGACCAGCACCGAUGAGACCGAUGUUUCACUGGGCAGUAGAGCUUCCUGGACGACCAAUAAAUCUUUUGGGGUGGUGAGUUGAAGGUC